ACGUGGCCGUUAGAUAUGGAUCUGAAAUCUAACAGCUCUUGCAAAACCCGAAACCUGUCGGAGAGCUCCACAACAACAACACUUUUGUCUAAAAUGCUGAGUCAUUCUUAUUCCUGUUGCCAAACAGCAACUGGAUCGCGGCCACCGAGACAAGCCUUCAAGAUCACGGCUGCGAUGUCGUCGGAGAGGAACCCUAGGAUCCUCUGCCUCCACGGAUUCAGAACAAGCGGUCUGAUUCUCCGUUCCCUCAUUACAUCUAAAUGGCCCGACACAGUCCUCCGAAACCUCGACCUCGAUUUCCUCGACGGUCCGUUCCCGGCCACCGGAAAAUCGGACGUCGAGCGGUUCUAUGAUCCGCCGUAUUACGAGUGGUACCAAGCUAGCAAGGGUUUUAGAGAGUACUGGAACUUUGAAGAGUGUUUGGAUUAUGUUGAGGAUUACAUGAUAAAGCAUGGACCUUUCGAUGGUCUUCUUGGUUUCUCCCAGGGGGCUUUUCUAUCUGCUGCUCUUCCUGGAAUGCAAGAACAGGGAAAGGCUUUAACUAAGGUGCCAAAGGUCAAGUUCUUGGUGCUAAUAUCCGCAGGAAAAAUUCCUGGUUUGAGGUUUGGACAGCCUAAAGCUGCUGUUGGUGCAUUCUCAUCUCCUGUUCGUUGCCCCUCACUCCACUUCAUAGGCGAGAGGGAUUUUCUGAAAACGGAAGGUGAAGUUCUUGUGGAAUCAUUUGUAGAGCCAGUGGUGAUCCGUCAUACAAGUGGACACACUAUACCUAAACUUGAAACUGAAGCUGAGGAGACUGUGCUGAGCUUCUUCCAGAGGAUUAGGCAGAUGCUUUCUGAUGAUGAAUCUUCUUCUCUAAGAAGCUUGAUGUGAUUGACAACUGCUUUAAAUAGGUUUCGGUUGGAUUAGAUGAUCUUAUAAUUAUAAAUUUGUGAGGUGUGCUUGUUCUUUUCUUUUUGCAUAUGUUCUUAGUCUUUGUGUGCUUGUAAAUUUGGUAAUACUUUUCCACUUUAUGUUAAAUUUAAUAAAAGUAGUCUGAAAAAAUAA